CGAUGGACCACGCAGCAAUCAGCUUGGAGCUCCUUCGGGAAGACAAUGCCGAGCUAGAGAAGCGGCUGGAAGAGAUGGAAGAAGAAAAGCAGAACAUGCAGAAGAAGCACGAGGAGCUCGAGCGAAAGUCCAAGCACCUGAACGAUGUGAACCAGUUGCUUCAGAAACGGCUUCACGACAGCACGUCGAACAAGGAGCAAGUGCCGCCAACGCCGAACGCAGGACCGUCAAAUGCACUCGUACAACUCAAUGACCCUGCACUUGACAAAGAGAAAGCUCAGAUCAAGACGGAGAAUGACCAACUUCGACAGGAGAACGAAAAGUUGGCGAAGCAGGUUGUCCACUUGCGCCACGACCUCGAGCGUCUGUACAAACGACAAAAAAACGCCACCGUCGCUACGUCGAACGGUGACGUAGACGAUGAAGUCGCCCAGCUUCUCGACGACCAAAGCACUCUGGACAAGAAGCAGGAGAUCAUUGCCGACCUCUUGCAACAAUGCGCGUCCAAAAUGGAAGAACACCGUGCUUCCAAGCGUCGGCGGUUGACUGAAUCCUUGAUGGCGCAGGAGCAAAUGGUCAAGGAUGCGAUUCGUCAAUUCCAAGAUGAAAUCGUCGCGCACCAAGAAUUCGAUCGUUUGGAACAGCACGUGUUUCAAAGUCAAUCCCGCGAUGCCGCGGCAGCAACGUUGCAACGAGAAGAAGAGUUGGUCCAGUGGCAAAAGCAAUGCGAGCAACUGCAGCAGGACAACCAUCGUGAGCGUACCAACGCUGAAUCGCUGCGGGAUGCCUUGCAAAAAGAGGCGCUUCGCUUCGAUGCAGCAUCGAGGGAGCUCGAGGGACUCAAAAACGAGUUGGCGCAGCACACCGAGAUGGCGACGCUGGUCGAAAAACAGACAGCAAACAUCCACGAAUUGGAAACGCAACGGGAGCAACUUCGAGAACGUCUCGCGGCCAAGGAGCAGUACCUUCUCGCCCAGAAGGAAGACACAUUGACCGUGCUCAAGAACAAGGCCGACGAACGAUCGCAAUGGAAGACUCGCGAAGCGAACUUGACGGAACAAAUCCACGACCUCGAGCGCACGGUGGCGGAGUUGACCGCCCAGCUGAACGCGUCCGCGGCAAGUCACACGACUGCGGACCAUGAGCGGUCCCGCCAUCUCGUCAGCCAACUCAACGAGGCACAGGCGGCGCGAGAGGCCGCCGAAAGCGCACGAGAUGACCUGAUGGAGAACCUGCAGAAAGAGAUCGACCGGAGGCGAUCCCUGGACGCUCAACUGGGCACAGUUCUAGCUCAACGUGACUCGCUGUCGGAUGAGUUGCUCCAAGUGAUGCGUAGUCGACAGACCCUCCAAGACCAACUCGACCGUCAGUCGGAGCAAUGCGAGCAGCGAAUUCAAGAUGAAACGGAGCGAAGGAUUGCCUCCCAGGGACGAGAACGCCGGCCGGCACCACGCGAGCUUAUCCCCGUCGCGAUGCCAGACUUGGAUUCUGCCACGUCCCAGGAACUCCAAGCAUUUUUCGUGGCAUACUAUGAGUGCGCCGAGACCAAACAUCGCGCGUUGCUGGCCGAGCGAGACGCAUUGCUCGCGGACACCCACACAGUUGCAGCGCACCACGCGACAACAGCACCGUCCCAUUCGACCUGACCAUCGCGCGCGUGUACACAAAUAGAAGAGCGAUGACACAUGUCGUCUUCAGAGUCGAGUCGUUUUGGAUUU